CCACAGAGACCCCAGAGACCCCACAGAGACCCCACAGGGAUCCCACAGGGACCCCACAGGGAUCCCGCCGCACUACCACGGCUCCUCCAGCGGACCCCUGCCGGUCAAGCCCGUACCGCCGCGCGCAUGAGGAGGGCCGCCGGGGGCCCCAGCAGCAGUGCGUGGCCAUGUCGGGGCAGGGGCUGCUGGCGGCCGUGGCUCUGUGUAUGGCUCUGUGGCCCAGCCUGUGGGCCUUACGGGAGGAGGCCGAUGGCCACGCCGCGGGCGAGUUGUGCGAGGAUUACCAACACAAGCUGCUGCCGGGCCGCCGGUGCCGCCUGGUGGCCACCCUUCCAUUGGCCGACCACGAGCAGCGCUGCCCAGACAUCUUCCGCUGCACACGUGAAGCGGCCGACUGGCGCCACCAGAGCGAGGCGCUGACCCAGCAGCUGCUUCAGCUGCGGGACAGCCUCUCCGAGCUGCGGGAGAUGGCGCGGCACCAGCAGCACCGGGGGAACCUCCUCCAGGUGCAGCUGGAGUGGGCGAAGCGGAACGCCUCGUGGCAGGCGGAGCGCCUGCGCGAGCACGAGCACCGGCUGGGCGAGGCGCAGGCUCAGCUGCACGACCACGGCUCGCUGCUGCGCGACCACGGCUCGCUGCUGCGCGACCACGGCUCGCUGCUGCACGACCACGGCUCGCUGCUGCACGACCACGGCUCGCUGCUGCACGACCACGGCUCGCUGCUGCACAACGCCACGGCCCUGGCGGGGUACGGGGACGGCGCCCACGCCUCGGGCUGCCGGCGCCAGCGGCACCACGCGGCGCACGGAGCGGCACCGCACCAUCCGGAACACGGAGCGGCGUGGCACAAUCCGGAACACGGAGCGGCGUGGCACAAUCCGGAGCACGGAGCGCCGCACCAUCCGGAACACGGAGCGCCACACCGCUCGGCGCACGGAGCACCGCACCAUCCGGAACAUGGAGCACCGCACCAUCUGGAACACGGAGCACCACACCAUCUGGAACGCGGAGCACCGCACCAUUUUCCGCACAGAACGCCGUACGAUCCGGAGCACGGAGCACCGCACCAUCCGGAGCACGGAGCGGCGCGGCACGAUCCGGAGCACGGAGCGGCGCGGCACGAUCCGGAGCACGGAGCGCCGCACCAUCCGGAACACGGAGCGCCGCACCGCUCGGCGCACGGAGCACCGCACGGAGCGUAUAAUCCGGAGCACGGAGCGCCGCACGAUCCGGAGCACGGAGCGGCGCGCCAAUCGCCGCACCAUCACCGCCAGACCCCGCGCGUGGCGCCGCACGCCAACCCGUGGCACCAACAGCCCUCGCCGCGGCACCACGGGCAAGGCGGCGCACCGCAACACCGCCAGCGUCAGAAGCAGCCGCAGCCGCCGCCGCCGCCGGGAGUGCCACCGCCGGCACCACCGGCGAACGGCGUGCAGGCGCUCAUUGCCGAGGUGUGCGGGAGCGCCAGGUGCCCCAGGGACUGCGCCUCGCUACACCGCUCGGGGGAGCGACGCUCGGGGGUCUACUCCCUGAUGCCCGUCGGUGGGCCAGGACUCACGGCUCCCGUGGCCGCCUACUGUGACAUGGAGACAGCGGGCGGCGGCUGGACGGUGAUCCAGCGCCGGCUGAACGGAUCGGUGGACUUCAGCCGGGGCUGGGCGGACUACACGGCGGGGUUCGGCUCACCGCACGGCGAGCUUUGGCUGGGCAACGCGGCGAUUCACGCGCUCAGCAGCCAGGGGGACUACUCCCUGCGCAUCGACAUGCGGGACUGGGACGGGGUGCAACGUCACGCGCACUACCGCUCGUUCCACACGUCUGGUGAGGAGGAGCUCUUUGCGCUCCACGUGGGCGGCUACAGCGGCACGGCGGACGACUCCCUGGCCUGGUACCACAACGGGCGUCCCUUCAGCACCGCCGACACGGGCGGAGUUUGCGCCAACAUCGCGCACGCGGGGUGGUGGUUCUACCAGUGCUACUACAGCAACCUCAACGGGGUCUACUACCACGUGGGUG